AUGAGUGCGAUGCGUGUGGAUGCCAAAGUGGUGAUGCUAGGAAAGGAGAGUGUGGGGAAGACCAGCCUGGUGGAGAGAUACGUCCACCAUCGCUUCUUGGUCGGCCCGUACCAGAACACUAUCGGUGCUGCUUUUGUUGCCAAACCAAUCCAAGUGGGAGAGAAGGUGAUCACCCUGGGAAUAUGGGACACAGCGGGAUCAGAGCGAUAUGAAGCCAUGAGCAGGAUCUACUACAGAGGAGCCCGUGCAGCCAUCGUCUGCUAUGGAAGUAGCCUGGCCCGGUUUCUCUGCUCUGAACUGAUCCAGAGCAGAGGCCUGACCGGCUCAGUGAGAGCAGCGUACUUCAACCGGGUCAACCUCAGCGCCAACGGUUUCUACAAGACGCCUGAUCUGGGUUACGACUUUGAAACAAACUCCGGCCGAGCGUUCAACUACUUCACGUACGGGGUGGCGUGUUCGGAGGUGGAGAUCGACUGCCUGACCGGAGCUCACAAGAACCUGAGCACCACCAUAGUGAUGGACGUCGGCCACAGCCUGAACCCAGCCAUAGACAUCGGGCAGGUGGAGGGGGCAUUCAUGCAGGGAGUGGGCCUCUUCACCCUGGAGGAGCUGCAUUACUCCCCCCAGGGGGUCCUCCUCACCCGGGGUCCUGGCUCCUAUAAGAUCCCAGGGUUCGGAGACAUUCCCACCAAACUGACGGUUUCUCUGCUUCGAGACGCUCCCAACGACAAGGCCAUCUUCGCCUCCAAGCAUGAUAGGUGA